ACUGCUUAUACUACAUGUGCACUUAAUAAGUCAGACAUCAGACACACCCACUUUUAGUUGUUGCAUCAUCAAAAGAAGACCGAAAUGUGUUUUUUACAUCAUCAGGGCUGUUGAAAGAUGAACCCUCCUCUCCUCCUGUUUUCAGUGCACUCCUCCGAUGGAGGUAAACGACCUGUUCAGAGAUAUCCAGGAUGGAAGGAUACUCAUGGCUCUGCUGGAGGAACUGUCCGGAUGCAAGCUGGUGAGAUUUCCACCAACAAUAUUACACCAUCCACACAGUAUUCAGAUGUUAGUGAUGCUUUGUUGGUUCAUUUGUAUGUGUCACAAAUGACAUCCUAAUCCCUAUAGGCCCUGGUCAAAAGUAGUGCACGAUGUAGGGAAUAGGGUGCCAUUUGGGAGGCAGCCCAUGGCUAUGCUAGAUAUGAAGAAGUUGUGUGUUAAAGAUUGUGUUUGAGUUCGAUUUCGGUGGCUAACAAUUCACCCAGCUGUUUAUUGUAUGGUUGGGGUCCUCCUCCAGCUUCAUGGAUGGAAACAGUCCUCACAUCGUAUAUUCAGACUGAACAACAUCGCAAAGGUCCUCACCUUCCUAGAGGAAAGAAAUGUGAGUAUCACAGCCAAUCACCAAGGAAUAUCACAGCCAAUCACCAAUGAAUCACCAAUCACCUAUGAAGGGAAGUGGACGGCAGCUUUAUUCCCUUCAAUGAUAUUUAUAGCUGAAGCUGUCCGGACAAUUUUUUACAUCUUGGUAGGAGCAUCAGAACACCACUGUCUAAAUAUCCUGUUGAUUGGUUGGAUUGUUUACCUGGGUUUAUUUACCUGCACAGGUGAAGCUGGUCAGUAUUGACGCUGCAGAUGUCGCCGAUGGCAACUCUUCCAUCGUUCUCGGACUCAUCUGGAAUAUCAUCCUGUUUUUCCAGGUAAACUCUCUCUCUCUCUCUUUCUGUCUCUCUCUCCUCUCUAUUGCUCCUCUCUUUCUCUCUCUUUCUCUCUCUCUUUCUCUCUCUCGCUCUCCUCUCUCCUCUCUCCUCUCUCGCUCUCCUCUCCUCUCUCCUCUCUCUCUCUCCUCUCUCUCCUCUCUCUCCUCUCUCUCUUCUUUCUCUCUCUCAGAUAUUAAGUAAUGAAAUAAGUGCCUACUCUUCCUCUGUCUCUCAGAUCAAGGAGCUGACAGGGAACAUUAAGAGCCAGUUCCCCUCGUCCUCCAGCCUCUCCUCGCUCGCCACCAGCUCCGACUCCGACAUCUCCCACUCCAGUACGCCCUCCGAUGAGAGGCCGCGCUCCAUCGCCAUGAGGGAUCAUGGGAAGGCCAUCAAGACGCUCCUGCAGUGGGUCCAGAGACGCACCAGGAAGUGAGUUGUGAUUGGACAGCAAUCAUAUGUCAAAUUCAUAAGAGACAAACUCACAAAUAGGAUAGGGUAUUUGAUGAACCUGUGAAAAUCCAGUACAGGCAACAGCAAAUACAGUAAUACUUACACACAAGUUUGAAAGUUUGACUGCAAUCAUGUUCAAGUGUUUGUGUCAGAUGUUGCUGACUUGCCGAGUCUUGUCUGUCUGUGUGUGUCAGGUAUGGUGUGGCGGUGCAGGACUUUGGGAAGAGCUGGACCAGUGGGCUGGCCUUCCUGGCCAUCAUUAAGUCUAUUGACCCCAGCCUGGUGGACAUGAGGAGAGCUCUGCUGAGGACAGCCAGGGAGAACCUAGAGGAGGCCUUCAGGACAGCCCACUACAGCCUGGGCAUACCCAGACUACUGGAACCAGAGGGUAAAUUAUUCAAUUAAAUUCAGUUCAAUUUAAUCCAAUUCAAUUCAUUGAGACUUUAUUCAUUGCCACAAGGGGCAAUUAUGUUGGCCUGGUCCCAGAUCUGUUAGUGCUAAAUAGCCCACUCCUAUUGCCGUUGUCAUGCCAAAAUACAUGACAAUGGCCAUAGCAGUUGACAAGACAGCACAAAGAGAUCUGGGACUUGGCUACAAUUAUGCUGUACAAUCAGAGUGUAUUAGAAGAUUUACCACUAGUCGAUCUUAAGUCCCUCUGUUAUCAUUCCCACAUUUCCAUCUCCACAGACGUGACCAUUAACCCUCCAGACGAGCAGUCCAUCAUGACCUACGUGUCCCAGUUCCUGGAGCACUUCCCUGGGAUGGAAGAGGUGAGAGAGACUCAAGGGGUGUCCCAAGGUCUCUGGUCAAAAGUAGUGCACUAUAUAGAUAAUGCGGUGCGAUUUAGAACACAUUUAGAGUCUGCAUGAUAUUAAUCUCAUGAUCAAUAUAUGAUGUAUACAGUAGUUUAAACAAACCACUAGAUCAGGGGUGUCAAACAAAUGUUGCCCCGCGGGCCGCAUACGGUCUUCACCGAGGCCUGGAGGGACGCACUUAAAAUGUAUUAUAUUUCCUUUAUCCAUCGCUUUUUGUUUCCCUGACUGUCUAGCUUUCGUUUCAAUGACUGUUAGCAAGCUGGACAAAGUGAAGAGACUAUAAUUGUCGGUCUAUUAUGAUUUCUACACAGUUUUGAUUUGGUUUUAGUCAUUUCAAUGUUGAUUAAGAUUGUAAAAAAAUAUAUAUAUAUAAUAAUAAUUGAUUGGGCUCGUGGGCUGGAUGUUUGACACUCCUGCACUAGAUACACAAACCACAGAUAACCUGAUAAAUCUCUCUAUCCUCUCUCUCUGUCUCUCUUAGCCCCAUGAGAAUGUAUCUGAUGUGAUACAAAGGAGUGUGUCGUCAGGUAGACUCAGCUGUCGUGUCAACGACUCCUCCCACGACCUGAGGAAUGGGGUUCACCUUAGCCGGGGCCGAGAGAGGCCCUUCGUGGUCCGGAGGGACUUGGUCCAGCCCCCACCCAAAAUCUUCCUCUCCUCUUUCUCAGAGGAGCUCAAGUCCCCCACAUCACCGCCCAUGGUGGAGCGCUCCCCGGUCAACGAAGGCUCGUUGGUAGGGUCCACCCCCAGCCCUGUCUUCAGCUCUCCGCAGCCCUCCUUUGUCGACUCGGUCAUCAGCUCUGUGUCCUGUGACUCAACGAUCAGUGACUCUGUGAUCGGUUCGCCAGACUCCUGUUGGGAGCGCCUGCCGAGCGAGGCAGUGAUGCCGGACAGGUUUGUGGAGAGCCGUAGCGACGGGUCGCUAUGCGACAGCGGGGAAUCCUGGGACAUGAACAUCCCUCCCUCCACACCCCAUGGGGUCACACUUGAUCUGGAGGAUCCGUUGCCGUCGGUUAUGGGGCCAAAGACAGGGAAGCCUCAAGAUGAGGAACAGGAAGUGAUGCCGGAGCUGUUUAUCGACGAGGGGAACUACUCUCUGAGCUCAGUGGAGAGCACACAGGACAGGGCCAAUACACAACCAGAGGAAGAGGAGGAGGAGGGGAGGAAGAAGAAAGAGAAGGAAGACGAGGAGGAGGCAUAUAGCUACAUUCUGGAACUGAGUGAGGACAAGGCAGCCAAGCAGGAGCCUGAUCAAAGAGAAGGAAAGAACAUAACAGAGAGAACAGAAAGUGACUCAGAAGGAAUGGACACAACUACAGGUCAGAGUAAUGGAGUCAACAAGGAGCAGGGGCGGCCAUCUUUAGAGUUCUCUGACAAGCCUCAGCAGACUGACUCUGACCAGAAAAGGGAGAGUGUGUGUGAGGGUGAGAGUGUGUGUGAGGGUGAGAUAGGAGGAGCUGUGUGUUCUCCUCAACACGAGGAAAUCAGCCAAUCACAGCAGGGGACCCCUGACCUGUAUGAAAAGCCAAAUCAGCAGGACAGUGUCCUGGAGAGGACAGACAGAACAUCAGAAUGUGCCAAGAAGGAAACAGUGGAACCAUCUACAGAUUCCAGGAAGGCUGGAAACCCAGAGAGAGGCUUAGCUACGGAACGUUCUGAUAAAGCAGAGGGUCAAAGGGAUGUGACUGACAGAGUGGUGACGGAACACAGACCGACUACGUCCCUGUCAGAGAGGGACAGAAAUGGGGAGCGGUCUCAGGAGGGGUCAGAGGAAAGGCACAAGCAGGUCACAGAAGAGUCCGAAACACAAGAGAAGAUAAAGAAUGUUCUGAACGGCCACAUAGAGUCACAGGAGAACACUACGACGCAGGCGGAUGAGGUCACAGAGCAGUCACAACCGUAUAUGGGGAUGGACCAGAGUCGGACCAUCCAGGGGGGAUCCUCAGACCCAGGUAUGAACCCAGAAGAGGAGAGCCAUACUGGACAAAAGGACCCUGAAUCUCUGGCCUGCACAGACGGUCGGCAGAGCUCCACACUUCCAGCAGAGGACAGAGAGGAGAGGACCCAGAGCCCAGAGAGAGAGGCAGAGGCUGGGGAUGAAGACCCAGACCUGUGGGGGCCCCCUGGAGGUGGCUUGGUUGAAAAGUGUGAGAUAGCCCCUUGUGGUGGAGAUGCUGAAGUGAAUGUAGUAGCUCCUGAGAAGAAGAGCAGGGGCAGAAAAUGGCCAUGACAGGGUGGAUGCUACUGGGUCUGGGGCCACAGACAACAGAGAGACAGUAGUGGAGGUCCCCCAUCAGGGCACGCCAGUGUCCAUUAUCCCCCUGGACAUGGUGUACUACCCCCACUAUGAUGUCCCCAUUUCCCAUGUCAUUGAGGCCUUCGUGGAGUCUAACCCUGGACUGGUCCUCACUGGGCCGGUUCCUCACUCUCCUCCCUCAGACACACACACCAAGAACCAGUCUGUAUCCCUACCGCCUGGUCAAGAGAGAGACAUAGAGAAGGAUGCAGAGGAUCAUACUGAGGGCAGUCAUAGUGAGACAGGGGCCUCUGCUGUUGAAGAGACAGGGGACAAAAUGGCAGACACAGAAAAGAGGGAAAACGAGAGUGUCGAUGUGGCCUAUACAGACAGUGAGAGGAGCAGUGCUAUUGAGAAGCCUGAAAGUGAACCAAUGGACUUGUUCCAAGCAGACAGUGCUGCUGACAGCAGUGGGGCACUUGAGGAGACAAUGACAUUGGGUGAAACUCUGGAUCCCAUGGACCUGUUCUACCCGGAUACAGAUGACUGUGGUCCUGUAGAGGAACCAGAGAAUGACGUGGAGACAUCGCCGUGGUCCUCUUCCUUCAGCAAGUCAGUAGAGACCUGGCCCUCAACCUUUAAUGUUGCAGCUCUACAACCAGCACCGUCCUCAGAACCAGAACCAGAGACACACAUAGACUCGCACACACAUAGCCAGACAGAGACACAUACAGAGACACACACACACAGCAGUCCAGACUCACACAUAAAAAGCCAACUGGAUCAAGAAGAUCUCAGAGAGGAGUCAACAAUGCAGAAGCAGGAUAAGGUAAGCCAGUGUGUAUGGAAAACGAGGACAGAUCUGUGUGUGUGUGUGUGUGUGUGUGUGUGCAUGUAUGCACGCGUCCUGCGUGUGUGUGUACAAGGUGAUCCAAACAACAUCAGACAACAUCAGAGUGACGUGAUAUUUCACACAUACACUGUCUCAUUAUAUGCAAUAAUCUGUCAGCAUGUGUUAUUAUCUGUCAUCCUUUUCUCUGGUCCUAUCUGACGUGUCUGUCUGUCGGGGCGUCUGAUAAUAUAUGCAUUGUUUUGGUGCUAGAUGUUCUGCAUACCAAGUCAUAUUUAGCAGUCAGUUUAUAAACUGUUUUGACCCACCAUGAAUCAUGAAUCAAUCAUGAGAACAUUACCCAUGAUUUAAAGGAGGGACAUUGGAGCUAAUGUUCAAGACAGUUAAAGAGAAUGAGUGAAAUUUUUUAUCAAGUGCUUUAUGACUACUAGGGCUGGGAAUUGAAAGGGACCUCAUGAUACGAUAUUAUCACGAUACUUAGGUGCCGAUACGAUAUGUAUAGCAAUUUUUACGAUUCUAUAUGUAUUGCGAUUCGAUACUGUGAUUUUAUUGCAAUUUGAUGUUCCAAACAUAUUUCUCACUAUGUCUUCUGCAGAGACAAGAGAGAGCAUGAUAAAUGAGAUUUGAUCAGUCAUGGAAAUAAAAGUGCUGAAAACAUGUUGGCUCAUUAUUUAAAAAGAAGAUAUAGGAUGAAAAAUACUGGAGUUUUGGCGCAGGUACAGCCGACUAGCGUUAGCUAAUGCUACCUAGCAAAAACAAAGAAAGAAACAAAAACAUACAUAUAUAUAUAUAUGUAUUUUUUACAAAUCAAUACUUGGUGUCAAAGUAUCUAUAUAAUAUCGUCCAAAAUAAUAUUGCGAUAUGUAACUGUAUCGAUUUUCCCCCAUUACUAAUGACUAGCCAGUAACCCUUUACCCCCACACCACUACAUCCAUACCCUAUUAUCCUACCCAACAACCUACACCUUCCCGUUACACUCUAAAGUAGUCUCUCCCCCCCCUAUGUGUGCCCAGGAGGUUGAAGUGAGAGGGGGCUCCAGGCUAUCGGACCCACAGGAAUGGCGCUCCGUGCUGGGGGAGCAGACGACGGGAGAUGGGGGUGUGGUGGAGACAGAGAUGGAGACCCGCCGUGGAGAUGCUGAGAGCAGUGAUCUCACCAGGACUGAUGAGGAGAAGCCUGCCUCUGCUGCUGCCAGAGAAAACAAUGAGACCAUGAGGUAGGAUGCUAUUCUUAGGCCCCUGGUACAGCUGGGCUGUGUCCCAAAUGGCACCCUAUUCCCUUUAUAGUGCACUACUAUGGGCUCUGGUCAAAAGUAGUGCACUAUAUAGGGAAAAGGGUAUCAUUUGGGACGCAGCCUGAGAAACACAGCACAGAACAUUAUUUUGGGGGAAAGCAAUGUUAAGCAACGAAGGACAUGACUUCAGAACUGGGCCUCCCAGUUUGAUAGAGCAAAACGCCUUAAAUGUACUCAAUGAAAUGUGUUUAGAUCUGGCUAGUCAUUGAAAUUGGAAGCUAAUUUCCUCUCCACUAACAUUAAGAGGCUCUAAACAAUUCAAAUUACAUAAUGACAUACAGUAAUUCAAUGAUAUAAUCUGUGCUGAUGACUGAUUCUGAAAUGUUUUAUUGUAAUGAUAGUGGCUUUUUUUUAUCUGCUUUAAUGAGUGAAAUGUACAGUAUGUUAGUAACUAUGUAAAUAAUAGCUAUAGAAACAAGAUGUUUUCUUUGUUCUGAAUAAUAGUGUUCAUUCAUUUUUUAUCUAGAAGAAACACAAAUAUAGCACUCUCUCUCUGUCUCUCUCUCUCUGUCUAUCUGUCUGUCUGUCUCUCUCGCUGUCUCACUCUGUCUGUCUCUCUCUCUUUCUCUCUCUUUGAACAGGAUGGAAGCUGACAGUGAUGGAACCACAGAUGAACAGUGUUCUAUGUGUUCUACACCACUCCACCAGAGGAAGGUGGCUGGCUCUAAUGAGGUUAGUUGCAAAACAUUUCAGAUAUUUAGGAUAUUUAUUAUUUCCUAUAUAAGUAUUAUACCAUAAGAUGAGCCUACAAACAAUACCUGUGCUUUUAUCAUCAUCACUCAUGUUUUUGGGAUUGUAAUCCCUCUGUCCCGUAGAAGGACAAUCAGAAGAAUGGGGCAUCCAGCCGAACUCACAGUACCAAGUCUGACACCAGGUAAGGAUAUGAGUCAGUAGGCGUGUAGCAUGACUGUAUUUACAGUUAUAGCUCCUUCUGUCCAAAACAGAGGUUUGUUGCACGAACCGUUGCUCUCUUACUCACUUGUCUGAGCUCUCUUGCUCACUUGUCUGAGCGUAAGUCACUGGGUGUGGCGAUCGUGCAGUUGCCAUGACAACCCUCCUGCAUGAGUGUCGAGGUGAGGCAUCGUGGGAAUCAGAGACACACGAUAUUCGACUGAUAUCAUCACUCCUAUGGGGCACAGCUUGGCUGGUGUUGUAAUCGUGUGAAACGUUUACAUCAUUACAUCAUCUACAGCCCUCUGGGGAGGGAGAUGCCAUACAGAUAGGCUGCAUCCCAAAUGGCACCCUAUCUCCCUUUAGAGUACACUACUUUUGACCAGGGCCCAUGGGGUGCCAUUUAGGUCACAGCCAUAGAGAUAAAGGAGCACGGCUGUCUGUAGCUCAGGGAAAAAAUAUGUUGUGUUAGUAGUUAUUAGGAGGACCCGGGAGUAAAUCCUGACCACGUGACCUGACCAAGAACAACAUCGGGUGCUAGUUGUAUGAAGGGUAUAACUAGGGCCCAUAGUAAACAACUAGGGCCCAUGUCAAAACCCCUGUACCUAGUUACAGUAUUAGUAUGAGAUUAACCUUGUCCCAUAUCUGUUUUUGCUAUUGCAAACUCCAUUGCUCAUGACAAUGAGUGGCAAGGAGUUGGCAUUAUAGCACAAACAGACUGGCAUUCAGCCUAUCCCAGACAUAGUUCAAUUAUUAGUAUCAGACAGCUGUUCAACAUGAAAAUAACUCUUCAGUCUGGAUAAAUUAAAUCCAUCCUGGGCUUUUGUUUUGGUGUCACUAGAGAAGCCUAACAUAUAACUGUUUUUUAUAUUCUAAUAUUUUAUUCAACUUUUGACCCAUUUUACCCUGAAUUCUAGCUCUGCCUUUUAUGUUGACAUUAUCUCUUCCCAGCUAGCACAUAAAGUUCUGAGAACCAUAUGUUUCUUAGAGCUUGGUGAGAGCGUGGUUGUCCUAUGAUUAUUUUGCAUCUAACCUUCCCACAACGUUCUGGGAAUGGUGCAGGAUAGCCAGCUAGCACAUAACAUUCUGAGAACAAUAUGUUUCUUAGGUGGGAAUUUCAGUACCUAAGCUGUAACGUUUCCCACAGGUUUCCUGAUGGUUCUAUUUAAAGUAAUGUUCUCAGAACGUUCAGAGAAUGUUAAGAAACAACGUUCUUCUGUGGGAAUUUCAGUACUUCACCAUAACGUUUUCUGCAGCUUUCCUCAUGGUUCUAUUUAAAGUCAUGUUCUCAGAACGUUAAGAAAACUUUCCGUAAAAACCACAAGAAAACAUUAGUAACGUUAAAAGAACGUUCUAAGAAUAUUAUUUAAAAACAUAUACAUUCCAUUCGCAGCAUAAACAAUACUCUCUUUAGCCUAUCUUGUUAAGUGUGUUCAGGUGUGUUGGCCAUGCCCACUAAUUGGCCACACCUAAUCUUAAUAAGUGUUGGUUUCCUUUGAAAUGGGGUCUGCUUGAAUAGACUACAAUGAACAGCUUUGUAUAAGUUUUAGAAAAACAUGGCAUGCUAGCUCCAUCCUGGUGGCGCAGUAAACUAAUUCCAUUGAUAGAGAACAGAAGUUCAUAGGUUCAGAAUCUCACUGAUGCCGUGGCACAAUACAACCAACAAUGCAACCUAAAAAUUAAAGUUCCCAGAACAGGCAAAGUUUUCACUUCUGUUCUCAGAACAUUUAAAAAACGUUAUGGCUUCGUUCCCAGAACCAAUAGGAAACCAAAAAUGUACAUUCCCACAACUUCCAAGGAACCAAAUGUGCUAGCUGGGUUUAAAGUCUGUUUGGUUCUGUUGACCUUCUGCUGAACCCGGUUCUCUCUCUCUCUCUCUGUGUGUGUGUGUGUGUGUGUGUGUGUGUGUGUGUUUGUGUGUGUGUGUGUGUGUGUGUGUGUAGCUGGAGGGAGAUGAGGACUCCUACUUCAUUGACAGAGUACUACAUUCUCCUACUGCUGUGGCUGCUCCUCUACUGCCUGUUGGUGCUGCAACAGAUCGACUACAGGGACCUGCCACGCCUUCUGCUCAACAUGGAAAAAUGAAUACACACACACAUACUGCGACACAUGUACAUACUGAUACACACGUCACAAACAUGUCACACACACACGACACACACACGCACGUACAAACAACACUUUUUUAUUCCAGAAUAAUUUAUAAAGCUGUUUAGAGAUUCUGCUCUUUAGCUUUUAAUGUGGCUUGAAUUGAUAUGCUUAAAUUGUAAAGAAUUGAUAUGCUUGAAUUGUAAAGACAAACCUAUAACUUUGUAUGUUUCUCUGAGUUUAUUGAUGUACAAAGAAAGAAGCUCUCUAAGGGCUCUCUAUUUAAUCCCUAUCGCUGAAGAUCCGCUUUAUAGCGCGAUUGACAA